AUGAUUGAAAAACGCUCAAAAAUCUUGCAGGAUUUACAAUCUGAACUUUAUUUGAAACAAAUUCAAAACCGGAAUUUCAAGAAAAAUGAGCUAUUAGCAAGGGAAAAUGAGAUGUUUAUUGUUUUCAAUAUUAUUCGGAAAAUUGAAAAUAUUCUGCCGAUGAAUAACGAAAAACCUGAAGAUUUCAUUGAAAAAUUUCUUGAGACACGACUCGAAAUUUUUGAAGUUGGAAAUUCACAUUCGGAUUCAAAAAUCGAUAGACUAACGAGCAAACGAAAAUUGUAUGAUGUUAGUCUUGAUAAUACGAGGAAAAAUUAUUUCGAAUAUUUUUUUUUGGAAAACGAAAUAUUGGAGACUGAAAUUUGGAUGGAAGAAGAGAUAAAAUACGAGAAAAAUUUGGAUAAAUCUUUGGAAUUGGUGCAGGAAAAUAGGAGAAGCGUGAGUUCCUAACUAAUAAAAUUGACACAGUUUUCCCUCAUAAAAAUUCCCAAAAUUUAAACGUAAACCUAAUUUUUUUUCUCCUAGAGCGUGGCAAAAAAUCCCUCCUCAUUUCUAAAAAACUUACAGCUUCAAAAACGCUUCGAAUCCUUGAAACUCCCGGAUUUUGCCGAUAAAUCCACUCACAACAUCUAUUAUUUGAUGAAAUGUUUGAAUCUUCGAUUUUCCACCAAUAUGCCGCACCGGAAUUUGAUAUAUGAUUCUGUCAAAAAUAUAGUUCUUCAGUUUUAA